AUGACGAAAUUCCUAAGUCAAGAGCAAGAGGUACAGUACGGGGUGAAGAAUCACCCGACGAACGUGCGCUGGUUCGUCUACGGAUACCCGAAGCCGGACGUGAAGUGGUACUUGAACGGGGAGCACAUAGAGAUGGGCGGGAGAUUCAGCCACAGCUACACCCGCAACGGCUGCGCCACGCUCUUCAUCAACGGGAUGCUGGACCGGGACGUCGGAGAGUACGAGUGCGUGGCGAAGAACGAGCACGGGGAGGCGCGGCAGAGCGUACGGGUCCGGAUCUCGGAGCAUCCGCGGUUCUCGGAACACCUGCGGGAGACGCGGGGGCUGCUGGGGAAGACGUUGAAGCUGGAGUGCCGCGUGGAGGGGGUGCCGUUCCCGGACAUAAAGUGGUACAAGGACUGGCUGCCGCUCGCGUCGUCUGCCAGGAUCAAGGUAGAGGAGCUCAUCCUUUGGGAGGCUCCGGACCGCUGCACCCUCAUCCUCACCGACCUGAUCCAGAGGGACGCCGGGCUGUACAGCUGCACCGCGACGAACCUCGCCGGCACGGCCUCCUCCUCCUGCACCCUCCACGUGGACGAGGAGGAGGGGCUCUACCGCUACCGCACGUACCAGCGGGGCAGGGAGGUGAAGAGGCGGGAGAAGCCGAUCGAGGACCUCUACGACCUUGGGGAUGAGCUGGGGCGAGGGACCCAGGGGGUCGUGUAUCACGCGGUUGAGAGGAGUACCGGUGAGUACCUUCGA